GUCGCCGAUGCGUCGACACGAGCGCUGCCAGGCUGUGCAAGCGGCAUUUAUUCCUCGUCUCUGCCCCUCUCGGCCCUCCUCGCCGCCCUCACGCUCCCUCCACGGCCCCCUGUCUCUUUACCCGUGAUGUCGUCCGGGCGAUGCUGCCCCGGAAUCGAUCGCUGGCGGUAUAACGCGGGGGUGCAUUAGGGCCGAUCGCCGGACCGAAGCGCGCGUUGUUGUCUAGGUUUGUAGUGCCUUAAAGGAGCUCCCGGUGUGCUUGUUGUUUUAAUUGGCUGGCGGCCCCUCGUCCCGGCCCCAGGAGUCGCCCAACAUGCGCUACAGGAACAAGGAGAUCGAGGUUGCCGACGAGAUUAUGGAGGAGAGCGAGAAGCUGACCAGCGGCGGCAAGGACGACAUUUUCCAGGGGACCAUCGGCAACGAGAUACUCAAUCCCUUCGUCCAUCGGCUCGAGCUCGAAACGACCUACGACAAGAUCAAGACGGUCUUUCUCACAGUAGCCUUGUUGCCGAUCCGACUCAUGGCCAUCACAGUCCUGGUAAUUUUAGCUUGGUUUAUGGCCUGUAUCGGCCUCCACGGGAUGUCCGAGGAGGAUCUUCGACGGGCGCCACUUAAAGGAUGGCGACGAGAAUUACGCGCGGUGGUCUGCUGGAUGAUGAGGAUGUUCUUCGUAUGCAGUGGCUUCCACCUCGUAAAGGUCAAGGGCCAGCAGGCCGACACGAAGGAGGCCCCGAUACUCGCCCUCGCGCCUCACUCCAGCUUCUUCGACGCUCUCCCGGUUGUACACCUCGGCGGCCCGAGCAUCGUCGCCAAGGCCGAGACCGGCCGACUUCCCUUCUUUGGGAAACUAAUAAACUAUACGCAACCAGUUUACGUAUGGAGAGACGAUCCAAAUUCUCGGCAGAAUACCGUUAAGGAAAUUAUUGAACGUGCCACAUCUAAGGAAGAUUGGCCUCAGGUAAUGAUAUUCCCGGAAGGGACAUGUACCAAUCGCUCCUGUCUCAUCACAUUCAAAUCCGGUGCUUUUUAUCCGGGUGUUCCGGUGCAGCCGGUCUGCAUCAGGUACCCCAACAAACUGGAUACCGUCACCUGGACCUGGGAAGGACCUGGCGCAUUGAAACUUCUAUGGUUGACUCUGACGCAAUUAAAUAGUAGCUGCGAAAUUGAAUUUCUUCCGGUUUACAAGCCAAACGAAGCCGAAAAACUGGAUCCCAAACUUUAUGCUAAUAAUGUUCGACGUCUCAUGGCUGAGGCAUUAAAAAUUCCCGUGUCGGAUUACACGUACGACGAUUGUCGAAUAAUCAGCAAAGCACAUCAACUGCAUAUACCAAAUGCCUCUGGCAUAGUUGAGGCGCAUAAACUUCGCUUCAAACUUGGACUAGUUAAAGAGAAGACCGAAGAAGAUUUGGUACAGACAAAGUGCGAAAGGUUUCCGGAAAUGGUUGACUUUCCGAAAUUCGCUCACCUGUUAAGACUCGACGAAAAUAAUUUAGCAGCUCAACAUUUAUUUAAAAUUAACGAUAAGCAUAAUCGAGGAAUAAUCGAUUUUGAGGAUUACGUUUUCACCGUAAUGGCAAUAGCGAAUGCCAACAAUGCACUCGAUAUGGUCGAAAUUGCCUUCGGAGUUUGCAGUCCAGAUCCAAGCUGUCAUUUAAAUUCGUUGGAAUUGCGAAAAGCAUUGCACCUCUCAUUGAGCCUGAAUGAGGAGGAAUGCGACAAAAUAUAUUAUCAGAUUCAAAAAGAACACAAUUGUAAUACUGUAAAUCAAGAAAUGGUGCUGACGGUGCUGAGCACACGCCCUGAAUUCCAGCACCUCUUCAACAAGACCUCCGACGCGAAGAGAAAAAAGUCCAUUUGAGUCAUGCUCCCAAAAUCACAACGUCCUCCAGUUUGCUCGAGAGAGCAUCGCCGACAUCGCGACUCACACACGAAGCCACUCGUCCACGAGGUCUCCUCCGGCUUCAUUCAGCUCGUGUAAUAAAACUUGGUGCUGCAACAAUUUUAAUGUGCUGCUGGCGCUGCUACUGCUACUGAUAACUUAACGAUGCUCGCGAGACUAAUGAACAUUAUAAAUGUGUCAAGAAAGUGCCAGCCACUUUCGAACUAAUACAGAGAUAUUAUGUU